UCAUCUCAUGUAUGUCGGCAGAUAAACAAAAAACAUGCAAAACCUAAAUCCUGGGACAAGGAAAUGAAAUUGAAAGCAACGAAUAAUAGGUAUGGUAAUUACAGUACAACAGACGUAAGUGCAGUUUGAUAAAGAAAUGAAAUUGAAAGCAACGAAUAAUAGGUAUGGUAAUUACAGUACAACAGACUUAAGUGCAGUUUUUUAGUUUCAUAGUUUAUAGUUUAUAUAAGGUCUAUAAACAACAUAACAAUCCGUCAAACCUAUAUUUUGAUCCAAAAUGGCAUCCUCUGGAGCACAGUGUGAGAGCGACGAUGGCAUGGACGAGUUCAUGGACAAAUUCAAGGCCGAGAGAUAUAAAAAUGCUUUACCUGAAGACAGCUGGGAAGAGGAGUUUAAUAAAAUCCCUAUGUUCAUGAAAACAGCCCCUGAAGAGAUUGACCCCAAAAAAUACCCAGAACUAGCCUGUCUCCAGGCCAUCAUCCACGACGAAGACAGACCCCCAGGUUCCUCAAGGUUUAGAUAAACAAUUUGAAGACUUUAAGUUUGAGAAACUCAGUCUUAUUUGUCUCAUUCCUUCCCAGAGCAGGCAAAGAGCCUGAAAGAUGAAGGAAACGUGUAUUUCAAGGAGAAGAACUACCAAAAGGCCAUACUCUAAAAAUAAUCCACGUGGAUUCUGUUUCUGUCUGUACAAAUAUGAACUGCAGAUUAUAAAUGGUUUAAAGGUGUUUUAUUCAAGUGCUGAAUUGGAC